AUGGCGGACGACCUGGACUUCGAGACGGCGGACGCAGGGGGUCUUGGCCACCUUGCCCAUGCAGUGCUUGGCCUCCGUAAAAACGGCUUCGUGGUCCUCAAGGGCCGGCCCUGCAAUAUCGUCGAGAUGUCCACCUCCAAGACGGGCAAGCAUGGCCACACCAAGAUAGUCUACCUGGUGGGCAUUGACAUCUUCACCGGGAAGAAGUACGAGGACAUCUGCCCCUCCACCCACAAGACGGACGUGCCCAACAUCAAGAGGAAAGACUUCCAA